UGUGUUUUUGUAUGUAUGCAAGUGGGCGCGCCGGUUAAGCAAGGGGGUGGUGGGUGUGUCUGUGCACUAUAAAUUCCACGUGCGCGUUCCACAGGUGCCACAACAGGAUUGAACCGUUUCCAUCAUCAUUCUCAGGGGGACAUGACGCACCUUACCAACUUAGCCGUCUUGCUAGUUAUUGCCUGCAUAUCUCAGCAGCUUAUGGUGGCAAACUGUCAAGGACCCAAAAAGAGAGGAAUGAAGAAGAAGGAAAAAGUGGGACCUAAGGACGAAUCACAACCAAAGCCCUCCGUUCCUUCUACAGAUAAGAGAAACAGCAGCCCAAAUGUAAAGGGUGUGUUUAAGGGCAAAUUCACCAAAGACAAGGCGCAGUGCACGUGGGUUGCAACAGGUGCUGAUGCCUUUGUGCUUGGCGUAAACUGCAAAAAAGGAGAAAAAAGUUUCGACUGCGAAUAUGUGGCCAGACCGGCCACAUGCCCUGGGUACGAAUCCAACGCCAAAGCCUAUUGGAAACAGAUUUCACGCUCUUUAAAAAAACAGAAGAAAUUAUGCAUGGAUUCCACCGUUUUGAUUAAAGCGGGUAUGUGCAGAAACGCUCCUCAAGACGCACAUUUUAAAUUGAACAAAAAAAACCAAGAUAUUGUUAUACCACUGCCAAGGACUACCGUUCAGACACGUUCUUCCUCAGAAACAACAUCUCGUGCCAAAUCUUGCGCAGUUCAUAAUAAGAAACUGGCGGAAGAUUAUUGUGCAGAUUCCUGGUCGAGUGUGUGUGCCUUCCUAUUCUCUAUGGUACAAAAUGAUGAAUGUUGAAAGUAAACAAAUAACGUGACUUUUGUAUUCCCCCUUCCUUGUACUUCUCGAGGGGGAUUUUUGUAUUUCGAUGGAUGGAGUUUUAAUAUUAUUUUAUUACUUUUCCCUUUAAAAUAUUUUUCUAUUUUGUUGUAUUUGUUUUAAAGCUAUACACUGUACUUAAUUAAUAAAUGUUUUAUGUUCUAUCUAGUGUGCUGAACUCGUUUCAAGUAUUUGCAGCUCUAGCCUUUCUAUAGGGUUAGGCCAGUGUUUCCCAAACUAAGUGUCUUGAUUUAUAAAACAGGAUUUCUAAAAUCUAUUUUAUGUUUGACAGACUAUCAUAGCUACAGUUAAUUUAAAAAGUAAACAUUGUUAAAAGCAUCACAUUUGUUAAAUCGUGAGGUAGUGACAAACUGGAGCUGGAGAAGUUUGGGAACCCCUGAGACUUAUAUUCUUGUAAAUAAUGUACAGCUUUGUACCUAUUCAUCAGAAUUGUUUAAUUAAUAAGGCAUACUAUUUUUAUAAUUUACAGGUACCUGUUAGGGAGCGAAUUAUUCAAUACCACCCUAUGUACACUCAAUAAUACACACUCACGCACUUAACCCUGCUGUUCAUGCUCAAAUUAAUUUGUUCAAAGAUUGUGUUUGAGAAUGUUGGGUAAUUAAACUGUUUAAUUACUAUACCAAGUCAGUAAGAGGGCUUUUUAUGAGAAAAAAACAAUCCUGCAUUCCUUGGCACAGAUUGUUGACUUAUGAUUGGCUCUUUCAAAGAUUUAUUUAAAUAUAAGCUUUUUUAAGGAAUGUAUUAGAUUCAAGAUAGAGACAAUUCAAUAAGAUAUAGAUAACAGUAGUGGGCUGGAUUUGAACCCAUGCUGCAACAGAAUAUGUGCACUGAAAGCAGUGGUUUAGACAUCUAGAGACUCCCAGGAUACACAAUUCACUAGUUCUAAACACUAGUUCAUGAGAGAUAUUAGGCAUUUUAUAUGGAACACUAAAAUAAAAGACAAUGAUGUGAAACUGACCAGUGUGACUUUGAUAUUAAAGUAAAUGCCCUGUUCACUCACAUGAAAAUAAGCUUGUUGAUUUGUCCUAUACUCAUAUGAACAUUAAUACUUCAA